UAUUUUUGUGAACGCUCCACAUCGUUCUAUGGAAAUAGGGUGUUACAAGGGAAAUUUAAAUAUUAGUCUGGUAACUUUGCAAAUCAGUCGUUCAAUAAAUUUAAUUGUGAUUGCAUCACAGUCAUAUAAUUAAAGCUUUAAUAAUGGCCUUUCGAAACUGGUUCUCACUUCCCGUUCUUAGAGCCGACGACGGAGAAGAGUUAGUGGACCCUCAAGCAGCUCUAAGAGAAAAAUGUCAAUCUAAAGGCCAUAUUGAAUCCUUGUACAAUAAAUACCAAGAAUGCAAUGAUCGAGUGAAUGGGCGAUCCAAGACGACAGAAACAUGCAUGGAGGAAUUAUUUGACUACGUUGCUGAAUUAGAUCAUUGCGUUGCUCACAACCUUUUCUCUAAAUUAAAGUAACUAAGAAUGAUGGCAUCUUUAUCAAUACUUUUGCUUGAAACUUAAAUGCUUAACAAUUUAAACUUAAAUAAACACUUUUUGCUUGAAACUUAAA